AGAGGACUGUAGUCAUUGUGGAUGAUCGAGGCAGGCCCUCAGGAAAAGGCAGUGUUGAAUUCUCAGGGAAGCCAGCUGCUCGGAAAGCUCUGGACAGAUGGAGUGAAGGCUCCUUCCUGCUAACCACAUUUCCUCGACCUGUGACUGUGGAGCCCAUGGACCAGUUAGAUGAUGAAGAGGGACUCCCAGAGAAGCUGGUUAUAAAGAAUCAGCAAUUUCACAAAGAGUGAGAACAGCCACCCAGAUUUGCACAGCCUGGCUCCUUUGAGUAUGAGUAUGCCAUGCACUGGAAGGCACUUAUUGAGAUGGAAAAGCAGCAGCAGGACCAAGUGGACCGAAACAUCAAGGAAGCUCCUGAGAAGCUGGAGAUGGAGAUGGAGGCUGCUCGCCAUGAGCACCAGGUCAUUCUAAUGAGGCAGGAUUUGAUGAGGCGUCAAGAACUUCGGAGGAUGGAAGAGCUGCAGAAUCAAGAAGUGCAAAAACGAAAGCAGCUGGAGCUCAGGCAGGAGGAGGAGCGCAGGCGCUGUGAGGAAGAGAUGCGGCGGUAACAAGAAGAAAUGAUGCGACGACAGCAGGAAGGAUUCAAGGGAACCUUCCCUGAUGUGAGAGAGCAAGAGAUACAGAUGGGUCAGAUGGCUAUGGGAGGUGCUAUGGGCAUAAACAACAGAGGCGCCAUGCCCCCUGCUCUUGUGCCAGCUGGUACCCCAGCUCCUCCAGGACGAGUCACUAUGAUGCCAGAUGGAACCUUGGGAUUGACCCCACCAACAACUGAAGGCUUUGGGCAAGCUGCUACAAUGUAAGGAAUUGGGGAAAUUGGUGGAACUCCUGCAUUCAACUGUGCAGCUCCUGGAGCCGAAUUUGCUCCAAACAAACAUCACCGAUACUAAUAAAAUUGCAAUGUCUAGUUUCCCAAAACCCUUAAAAGAGGGACCCUUUUUGGACUUAGCCGAAUUCUACUCUGGAAAAGUGUUAGGGAUUCCUCCCAAUAGUUUAGGUCUUCCCUGCCUGUAGUACUCUAGGGAGUAUGUUGGAGGCAGAGGGUAAGGGAGGGGUGAUAUUUAACAAAUCAGUUCUAUGUGGUA